AUGGAACAACAACAGCAACAACAACAACAACAAUCCCGAAACCUACUUACCAAAUAUCCUCAAUCCAAAGAUGUCGAAUUUCAAGAUGUCUUCUAUACGGUUAAGGAGCGCAAAAAUUUCUUUCGCGUAACUGGUGAGCGGCAAAUUUUGAAUGGACUCAGCGGCAGUUUCCGAAAUGGCCAACUGUCGGCUAUAAUGGGCCCUUCUGGAGCUGGAAAAAGCAGUUUAUUGAAUGCGAUUUCGGGUUUCAGAAGAGACGGAGUAAAGGGCAGCAUCAAAAUCAAAGGAGAUAAUGCCUGCUAUAUAACCCAAGAUGAUCAUCAUCAGACCUUGCUAACAGUUGAGGAACUUAUGAAUCUGUCUUGUGAUCUUAAAUUGAAGGAGCGACGCCACAAAAAGAAUGAAAUGAUCACAGAAAUUCUUGUAAAUUUGAAUUUAAAUCAUCGUCGCAAUGUAACGGCCGACAAAUUGAGCGGGGGCGAACGGAAACGUCUCUCAAUUGCCCUUGAGCUGGUGGAUAAUCCAAAUAUAUUCUUCUUGGAUGAACCGACCAGUGGCUUGGAUGAGGUAACGGCUGCCCAAUGCAUACGCCUGCUCAGUGCAAUGGCCAAAGAGGGAAGGACUAUAGUUUGUACCAUACAUCAACCGUCGGCCACAAUUUACAAUUACUUUGACAAAAUCUAUGUAUUGGCCCGGGGUCACUGUGUAUACCAGGGCAGCCCCAGAGCGACCAUACCCUUCCUUCAAAUGGCCCAAUUGGAUUGUCCACGACACUACAGUCCAUCAGACUAUAUUAUUGAACUCGUCGAUGCCGAGGAUGGGCAUUUGGUGCCGGUGCUUAGUGAGCUCACCGAAAACGGCAAACUGACCUAUGUGGCCAGACAAAAUUUACAAGUGGAAUUGGAGACCCAACAGGCCAUUACCACAAUGUUCCUGGAGCAGCAGCAGCAACAGCAACACAACUCAAAACGUCCAUUUUUGCCCACACUCUUUGCCGGCAGUGCCGCAUCUACAGAUGGCACCCUGAUGAGCGGAGCCAGUGCUCUGCUGGAGCAGAUGAAGGCUUUCUCUCGACGUUUGUAUAACGAGCGAAGGGAUAUUUCAGGAUUGCAGCAAUUUGUGGUCCUUAUACGUAUCAUGUUGUUGCGCAUAAUGCGAGCUCGUCUCGCUUUGACUAUACAAUUGUUCCAUCAUUUACUAUGCGGCCUGUUCUUUGGCCUGAUCUUCUUUCAACUGGGCAAUCAAGGAGCAAGGAUGUUUGAUCAUUUGAAAUUCUGUAUUGGCGCCGUUCUCAUGAUUGUCUACACGCAAGUUAUGGUGCCCAUAUUAAGUUAUCCUGCCGAGGUGAAAAUCGUUAAAAAGGAGACAUUCAAUCGUUGGUAUACACUGAUGCCUUAUUACAUGGCAUUAACUGUAUCGCGUCUGCCGUUGCAAAUACUUUUGAAUGUCACCUUUAUGAUAAUGUCCUACUGGAUGUCCGGUUUACCCGAUCAAAUCUGGCGUUUUGGUAUUUUUGUGGCCGUUGGUCUAAUGAUAUCGCUGGUCGCAGAGGGCAUGGGUUUGGCCAUUGGUGCCACCUUUAGUAUAACAAACGGCAGCGUUGUGGGUCCCAUGAUUAUUGCCCCUCUCAUGGGUCUGGCUGUCUAUGGUUUUGAUUUUGCUCCACAAAUCACUGGAGGAAUGAAUCUAUUGAUGAAAUUUAGCUAUGUACGUGUCGGUGUUGUGGCCAUGGUACUUGCCGUUUUUGGUUUCCAGCGUGAGGAUCUGGACUGCGAUGACAUCUACUGUCAUUUUAGUGAUCCACGUGUUCUACUCAAAUUCCUGGAUGUUGAGAAGGUAUCGAUAUUACAUCAGUUUGGCAUUCUGGCCAUGCUGAUGUUCUUCUUUCGCAUCCUAAUGUACAUUAGUCUACGCAAACGUUGCUAUACAUAAGAAAACAAAGCAUUAGCUGCUAAUGAUCGAGGAUGAGGAUUGAUGACAAUGAUGAUGAAUGAAAAAUGAAUCUUUUUUUAUUGAUAGUUGUAGCAAAAGUCAAUGCUGUGAUUGUUCGAUUUUAUACAGACACAAAUAUCUAAAUGUACAUAUAUACAUACAUCUAGGUACUCAUAGUAUGUACAUACAAAUAUAAUUUUAGUUUGUUAUGCGCACAAAUUCACAAAUGGUGCGAGUAUUUUUAUACCCUUGCAAAGGGUAUUAUUAAAUUGGUCAACAUUUUUGGAAUGCAUAGAAAAAGACGUUUCCGUCACUAUACAUUUGAUAAAUUCAAAGAAGAUAAGCCGGGUCAAUAUGUCAGUCCAUGUCCGUCUGUCUGUCGGUGCAAAUCUAUCACUACAACACUUAGUUCUAUACGAAAAACCUGUGAAGGAGUGAAGUAUCUUCAUGAAAUUUUCCAAUGAUAUAGUUUUUAGUGUGAAAUUUCUUACCCAAAAAUUUCCAUCGGAUCGGCUAAAUAGAACACAAUUUAUAGUCAAAAUCGGUUCAGCUUAAACACUGCCGACUGCGUUGCCAACGGCCUACUACGCCAAACAUCACACACACAACCACUCGCGCUAAAAAUCGGGGGUAUAGCGAAAUAGAAAGGGAUAGAGUGAAAAUUUAAAGAAUUUAUAGAAACAUAUAGACACAAAAUAGUUGGAAAUGUUGACAAAUGUUAUGGCCAAACCCUGCAAGGGUAUUUAAACUUCGGCUUAGCCGAAGUUAGCUUCCUUGAUAUUUUUUUUUUUCCAAUUGACCAUUUGCCCUGGUACACCGCCCUUAAGAUGUAUAUAGAUUUAAGCAAUUGUUGAGUGAAUUACAUUUUUGAAUAUAA